CCAGGUCAUCCGCAGCACGACGAGCAGCAUCAACAGUCUUCGACCAAGCAGUCACCCACUACAGAUCUACACGGACAAGAUCAACAUGAAGGUCGCCGGAAUCCUCGCCGUCGCCGCUGUGGCGCUCGAGGGCGUCUCAGCCCACUACAUCUUCCAGCAGCUCAAGGUCGCCAACACCCAGUUCAGCCUGUGGCAGAACAUCCGCCAACACACCAACGGCAACUCGCCCGUCACCGACCUCGCGUCCAACGACCUCCGCUGCAACGUUGGCGCCAAGGCCGGCACCACCGCCUCGGUCAAGGCCGGUGACAGCUUCACCUUCACCCUGGACACUGCUGUCUACCACCAGGGCCCCAUCUCGGUCUACAUGUCCAAGGCCCCCGGCUCUGUCUCUUCCUACGACGGCAGCGGCGGCUGGUUCAAGAUCAAGGAUUUUGGUCCUACCUUCAGCGGCGGCUCCUCCUCGUGGCCCCUGUACCAGCAAUACACCGCCACGAUCCCCACCUGCAUCGCCAACGGCGAGUACCUGCUGCGCAUCCAGUCGCUCGCCAUCCACAACCCGUGGCCCGCGGGCAUCCCCCAGUUCUACAUCUCGUGCGCCCAGAUCAGCGUCACCGGCGGCUCCGGCGCCCGCACCCCGGCCACCGUGUCGAUCCCCGGCGCCUUCAAGAGCACCGACCCGGGAUACACUGCCAACAUCUACAGCAACUUCAACAGCUACACUGUUCCCGGCCCGACUGUCUUCACCUGCUAAAUGCAUCGCACGCCACGAGGGGAGCACACACGCUGUCGUGACCUUUCCAAUGUCGUCCAAUUCGGGGGCACAAUUGCUCACGAACAGGUAAAACACAAUGGGGCGAGCGGGGAAAGGGGGGCAGAGCGAAGUGGACGUGUCUCCCCACGUCCUGGUGGCAAUCAGCAGCAAGCAGCG